CUGUUGCAUUUUCAUCCGAAAUGAAAAUGGCCGACUAACCAUCAAUAGCGGCUUGCUGUCAAAAUAAUAUAUUAAUUUUUGGUUACGCGCAUGCAACAUUGGUCAACAUAAAUAUUUCAUAUUACUAGCUAACUAAAUGAACCUAAGGAAUCUGGUAACAGAUGUGAAAAUAAAUCUGCAAAGGUCAUUUACACCUUUGCAGUUUCGUGCUUCGUGUCGUGCGUACUAAGCACUUAAAGCGAUCGCUGUUUACAUCCUCAGAAGAGAUGAGCGACGAGGGCAGCGAGGAUUCACCGCCGCGCCCUAAGCGCAAAAUCAAGAAGGUGAUGGUACUGCCUUCGGAAUCCAGCUCAGACAGCGACGAAUCCGUCGGGGCGACUGGUACACGUAGGAAGAGACUGAGGGUUAUCAGCGAUGCAGAAACCGACAGCAGUGGCAGUUCAGUGGUUCGCCCAGGGACAAGGCGCCGGCGGGCUCUUCCCAAACUGCGAGACUCGGACGGCGAUAGUGAUACAUCGGGCUGGGCCACCGACCACUCGUCUGCCACCAAACCUACUCCCACGCCAAAUAAUCCCAAAUCUGGCUUUGCGUCAGAUAGCUCUGAAGGGAACUCUGAGAAGUGCUCUAUUUGUCUAUUACGGUUUACAGAUCAGGAGGUGGGAACACCUCAGAGCUGUGAGCACAUAUUCUGCUUGGACUGCAUCACAGAAUGGUCUAAGAAUGUGAAUACAUGUCCUGUGGAUAGAAUGACAUUUGAUUUCAUUGUUGUGCGAGCAUGUGCAGGAGGUUCCGUGUUGAGAACAGAACCUGUGAAUGUGAUGGAACGCAGGCCAUCUGUAGAUCUAUUGGUCAUCGAAGAUCCUACCCUCUGUGAGAUUUGUGGCAGUGCAACCGAUGAGGAAACAAUGUUGCUCUGUGAUGGUUGCGACCUAGGAUUCCACAUGCAUUGCCUGUCACCCCCGCUUACACAGAUACCGGUAGAGCAAUGGCUUUGCCCAAAUUGUGAUGAUCUUUUGGGUGUUAUACAUCUUUCAGAAGUUAAUAACUUGUUUGAUGGAAUUAUAGAUUUAGAUUUACAAAUGGGUCGCAGACCCGUAAUUCUCAGAGACCCCAGUAAUGUAAGAAGGUCUUCUAGAAAUCUUAGCACUAAUGAUGAGCCCUCUACAUCAACUGGACGAAGGGGCAAUAACAGGAAUAAUGAUGAACCAACCACAUCUCGUGAAUCCCGGGCACCACCGAAUACUAGGAACAGCUCUCAUACAACAACUAGACGAAGAACUGCUGGCACACAGAGACGAAGGUAUAAGAGAAGAAAAACCAAAACUGUUAUUAUUGAAUAUGAAGUGGAAGAAAAUGGCAAAUUCCCUGUCACUAAAAGAAUAAAAAGAAAGAUCAAGAAACGGAGAACAAAAAAGCGACGAUCGCGUACGGCCGCGCGGCGAUCGUAUAUGCGGGCCAGCGUUCAAGCGAAGCUCGCCACCAUGAAGAUUGAUCAGAGGCAAGAUCUAGCACAAGCAUCUGCUGGCAAUAGUGGGGUGCAAAAUUUAUCAAUACAACGCCACAGGGCUGGCAUACCAUCCCUGAGUUUAUUUGGGAAUCCUAACCAGCUUGAAUACUUUUCUGAAGAAGAGCAUGAUGUCUCUGAAGGUGCUACAACUGCAGUGGCAGUCAGACCUACGUCCAAUAUUUUAAAUAUGUUCAGACAGAGUCGCAGAAAACGUAUUACAAUAGAUUCCCCACCUCACGCAUCAGCAGCACCAGAUAUCCUUUCAAGUAUACUCGAGAGCCAAACAUUACUACACUCCAAACAUUCUGUGGUUUCAAUUUCCGUAGAUGGCAAUGUAAAUAUUAAACUCGAGACUCGUGAACAUAGUAAACCUAAAGUACCAGCUACUCCAGAAGAAAAAGUUGACUUGUCAAAAGGGGAAGAUGUCGCAAAGAAAGUGCCAUCUUACCCAGGGCAAUCUCGCGGUGGUGGCGGUUGGGGUGGCGGUUACCGCGGCAAUUAUCACCGAGAACAAAAUAAUCCUAAUAACUUCAACAGAAGUGGCAACUACGAGAACAAUUAUAAUAGUGGAUAUCAAAAUAGGCAAGGGAACUCUUAUCAACAAAAUAAUAAUCGCCGCGACGAGACUGAUUCAUAUGGUAACUACAUAAGGAGGCCACACCAGUAUUCUCACAAUGAUGAUAACAAUUUUGAACGCAACAGAAGACAGCCACCACAUGCUGAGAAUAGUAGGGGUCCAAAUGCAAACUUUUUACUUAACCCAAACCAGAGGCUCAAUGACCAGGGUAGAUACAGUGUGGGUUCUUCAUGGUCGCCAUACAGCGGGGCUCCCGGACCCCGCCAAGACUUCCCACCCUCACAGGCUAGACAUUCGUUUGGUGGUUUCGAAAACCCUUUAGAUAUGAGAAUGGGCCAAAUGUCUGUACAAGAUACUGUAAGCAACGAUAAUGUCGAAUCGUACAUGGCUCAUGACAGUCGACGCCAGGAGAAGCCAGCGAAUACAUAUCAGCCUCUGCCGGAACCACCUAUGUUUGAGUUUGACAAAACACCUGAAGUUGAAAAAUCUGAGGAUGAAAAAAGCGAUUCAGGACUUGUGAUCGAUACUGAGAAGUAUGACCCUACGGAGCCCACCAAUGAUGACGACGAUGAGUACGCUGAUGAAGAUAACACGCCGGCGAGUGCCGACGUACCACAACCGCCACCGCUGCCGCCGCCGCCCACCCAGCCGCCCACCUCGCAUUCUAAUGUACAAAACAUAUUAUCAGGCAUCGACGCUAGUGUGAUUAAUGUGCCACCUAAUGUUCUUAACACUGCAGUGAAAGAGGUACUCAAAGAACAUAUAAAUUUAAUUGGGCCAUCUGGUGCAAAUUUACACGACGAUAGGAGCGAUGACGAAUCGGAUGGAGAUUGUCCAAAUUUUUCUAUAUAUUCAGCCACUAGUGUCCAUAUAGCUAAUACCUCUAAUAUCCUAUCCUUGGAAGCACCUAGCCAACCGCUUCGUGAUGAACUCGAAGAUCUUGUCCAAGAAGAUGACGACGUGCCGGAAACCACAUCAGCAACUCACAUUGCUCCAGUCUAUAAUUCUUCUGAAGAUACUGAGAAACCUAUUUCGACUACUGUAAUUUCGAGUAAGCAAUCUCACAAUGAGUUUAGUAUUAAAAAGAAAUCUGAAGAAGAGUACAAAGAAAAGGUUUCUAAAAGGUGUCCUAUUACAACUAAUACUCGUAAUCCUAUUAAAAUAAAACUUAAUACUCCUUCUUUAAUUAAGCGGCAAAUAAGCUUAUAUGAUGAAGAGGAGGAAGAUAAAAGUGAAGACGAGGCGACAUUAAAUACAGAAGAAAGAAAAAUUGAACAAACUGAGCCACUAGAGGAAGAAAACUUUGUGUCUAAUAAACAAAGUCCUGAGAAAGUACUGGAUAAUGAAAACGCAAACAAGGAAAUAGAAAGGGCUCCAUCAGUUGACAAAAAUAUUACAACUGAAUUAACUACUGCUGACAUAAUUAAAGAACCUUCAGAGGCAGAAGAAAGUGAGAUUCUAGAUGAAAAUGAUAGAGCAAAAGCAUCACCAAAGCGAGAUGAUAAUUUAACAGAAGAUGAUACUAGUGAAACCAAAACAAUGAAUACUGCUAAUACAGAAACUAAGGAGGCAGAGGAACAAAAUAAUGUAGAGAUGUCGGAGUAUGAUGAGAAGUCAGAAAAUGAAGUUCAUUCAGAUAUGGAUAAUGACGAAAUUACAGAUAAAGAUUUACAUAUGAAUUCUGAGUCACUGAAAAAAGAUUCGGUAGAACGAAAUGAAGAAGGUUUAGAAAAAAUGACUGAGUCUAUAAGUGAAACCGAGGACGAGCGAAGCUACACCCCCUGCCUCGAUGAGAACAAGUCGAAGGAUACCUCAUUAGAGACAGAAAAAGAAAAAGGUAUCGAGGGUCUCGACACAGAAAUGAUAUCGGAGGACGAGGGCAACGAAAUGUUCUCCGAUAAUGAGAAAGCGCCAUCGGACCGCUCGCGGUCCUCGCCUCCCAAGGCGACCCCGGCGAUCGACGGCGAGGAGGGGGAGAUAGUCGAUAAAAAGAAAGAGACCAAAAGCGACGACCGGGACGAGGGAAAGAAAAAAAAGAAGAAAGAAUCCAAGAAGGAGGGAAAGGAGAAGAGCAAAAAUAAGAAUAAAAAGAGCGAAGUCGCGUUCAAGAAACUCAGCAAGAGCGGGAAGGAGCGGAACUACAGGGAGAGGGACAAGGAGGAGCGCAACAAGGGAAAAAAGGAGCGACGCGGAUCCGCCGACGCGACCGAGAAGGAGAGGCAGAAACAGAAGCGAAAAGAAAAGCGGAAGGAUCUCGAGAGGUACGACGUGCGCACCGUCGUCUCCGAGAAGAGGAGGAAGCUGAAGGAUCCUUUCGGGCGCGACGUGUCGCCCGGGCCGCGCUCUCGCUCGCCUUCGCCCUCGCUCUCCCGCUCGCGCUCGCGUUCGCGCUCGCGCUCGCCGCCCGGCCUGCGCUCGCCGCCGUCCCCGCGCCCGCGCCGCUCGCCCUCCCCGAGGCUGCGCCGCUCGCCGUCGCCCCGCUUCCGACGUUCGCCGUCGCCGCGGCCGCGCCGCUCGCCGUCGCCGCGCCUGCGCCGCUCGCCGUCGCCGCGCCGCUCGCACUCGCGGCCGCGCCUGUCGCUCACGCCGCGCUCGGCCACGCCGCCGCGCCUCGCCUCGGCCAGCCCGCGGCGCCGCUCGCCGCCGCGCCGCCGCCGCCGGCCCUCGCCGCGGCCCUCCCCGCGCCCCUCGCCGCGCCGCCGCCGCUCCGCCUCGCGCGGCCGUAAGCGACGACGGUCCGCGUCCCCGUCGCCCACUCCGAAGCCUAAGUCCGGUAAGCGACGGCGGCGAACGCGCUCCGAGAGGGCCGCGUCGCGCCGCCGCAAGUCCCCGCGGAGGCGGCGCGGCCGCCGGUCGCCCGCCGCGCCGGCCGCGCCGCCCGCGCCGGCCGCCGCCUGGUCGCCCGGCUCGGUGGACUCGCGUCUGCUGUCGCCGCGGACGCCGCCGCCGGACGCGUCGCCGCCCCGCCGGCCGCGCGCCGCCGCGCCGCCGGCGCCGCGGGCCGCGCUGCCGCCGCCCGAGCUGUCGCCGUGCACGCCGCGCCACCGCCGCGACUCGGAGCGGCCGCGCCACCGCCGCGCGCGCGACCUCGCCGGCGCCUCGAAGGAGGUGUUCACGUCCGGAGACAACAUCCUCGUCAGCGUCAGCUUCAAGGAGCAGGAGCGCGACCGCGACGAGGGCGAGGCGGAGCGCCGCGAGCGCCGGGAGCGCCGCCGCGAGCGCCGCCGCCGCCGCAAGCGGCGCGCCGAGCCCGAGCCGGACACGGCGCGCCCGGUCGCUAUCAUCGACCUCGAGCGCUCGCCGUUCCGCGAACUGACGCCGUCGCCGCGGAACGUGAUCGUGCUCAGCGACAGCGAGCACGGCGAGAAGGAGGCGGCGCCGGCGCCGGCGCCGGCCGCGGCCGAGCCGGCGGCGGGCCCCAAGACGCCGCCGGAGCCGGGCGCUGGCGCGGGCGAGGCGGCGGCGGGCGCGGCGGAGGCGGCGGCCGACCCCCGCGGGCCCAACACGCCGCCCGAGCCGCCCAGCUCGCCGGACGCCUACGACCCGUUCGAGCCCACGCGCUCGGCGUCCGCGUCGCCGCGCGGCUCGCCGGCGCCGGCCGCGCCGGCCGCGCCGCACGCCGCCGACAGCCCCGUCCGCACCACCAUGACGCUCGAGGCGGCCCAGAAGACCAACAUGUCCGCCGACGAAGUCAUCGACCGCCGCCCGCUCUCUCCUAUCGAGAAGGUGAUGGCGCUACUACAGUCGACGCGCGACGUGUCGCCCGAGCCGCCGCCCGGUGACCUGCCGGCACCGCCCGCGCCGUCCCCGCCGCCGGCGACGCCCGCGCCGGCCUCGAGCGGCGCUGCGCCGCCGGCCGCCGGCCCGGGCGAGGCGGCCGCGCCGCCGGCCGCGUCCGUGGCGCCGGUGUCUGCGGCGCCGCCGGUGCGCAUCGUCCUGCCGGAGCCGACGCGGCCGCAGCCGCCGAAGCUGUUCCUCGCGAAGCCGUCGCCGAUUAAGUCAGACCCGAUCAAGCCGAUGCAGGCGACGAAGAUAUCGAGGCUUCCGCUACCGGCGCGGCGCGGCCGCGAGGCUGGCGAGGCGGAGGCGGAGGCGGAGUCGCCGUACUCGCCGGGCUCUAGCGACUUCGGCGACUUGUUCGAGCCGCCGGCGCCGCGCCGCGACGCCUUCGAUGCGCUGUUCGGCGCCGCGCCGCGCCGCCGCCACCGCGCGCCGCCACACGCCGCCGCCAAGGUGCCCGUCAAGCUGAACAGGAAGAAAGGUAAAACGCAAGUGGGAGUCAAAAUAGACGAGGACAACCUGAAGAUAUUAGACGACCUGCCGAGCUCCGCUGUCGAGAUGCAAGUCAAGAGCAAGUUCCUGAAGAAGCUGAACCGGCAGGAGCGCGUGGUGGAGGAGGUGAAGCUGGUGUUGAAGCCGCACUACAACAAGAAGCACGUCACCAAGGAGGAGUACAAGGAGAUACUGCGCCGCGCCGUGCCCAAGAUCUGUCACAACAAGUCGGGCGAGAUCAACCCGACGAAGAUUCAAGCACUAGUGGAAGCGUAUGUUAAAAAGUUCAGGAAAAAACACAAACGGAACAAUUUAGGAGACGCGAACGUAAUGUAUAAUACGUAGUGUAGUUGUGUAGUGUUAGAGUAAGCGAGUGGCGAGUGGCGAGUGGCGACUGGCGAGUGGCGAGUGUACCGCUCCCACGUACUACAUGUCAGAUGAUUUAUUGUCACAUCACUGUAAUUAUAAUUUAUGUAUGAACAAUGUAUUUCACUUUAAACGUUUUAUUUAAAUCAAUUUAUUAAAUUAUAAGUUUAAAUAACUAAAUUUCAUUAUAUACAA